UAAAACUUACUUUCAAUAUUUUGCCGGUUUUUAUAAAAUUCCCAGAUAAUUUCGUUGAUUUUUCAAAAGAAAUCUUUACUAAAUGCCUUCAGGAAAGCAAAGAUCGUCAGCAAAUGCUCCGGAUACGUCUUCGUUAAGUUUAAACGAACGGAUCUUGAAGGAAUGCCACGAACUCUACACAGAUGAAGAGAGAGGUCUUGUUUCAAUAGCGAAAGGACUUGGAUUAACCUUGUUGGCACCGAGGAAAAAGAUAAAUGUGAUUUUGAUUGGCAACCAUUCGGCUGGUAAAAGUUCCUUUAUUAACUGGUACAUCGAAGAGCACAUUCAGAAAACUGGUGUUGCCAUAGAAACUCAGGGUUUCACGGUUGUCACUAGUGGAAAGAAGCGGGAAUCACUGACAGGCAAUGCAACUCUUCACUUGUAUCCACACUUCAAGCCACUUCAACAAAUAAAUGGUGUUGUUGAAUACCUGGUUACUGAAAUCUCCACUUCAAAACAGAAAAAGUUCAGCCUAAUUACAUUUGUUGACACCCCUGGACUUGUUGAUGGUGACAUGAAGUAUCCAUUUGAUGUUGAUGAUGCUAUCUUGUGGUUAGGUGGUUUGGCAGAUCUGAUCUUUGUAUUUUUUGAUCCCAUUGGACAAGCACUUUGCAAGAGGACGUUGAAUCUUGUUGAGAAAUUAAAUGAAAAGGCUUCUGACCGUCUGAGAUUCUACCUUAGUAAAGCUGAUACAGCAGGACAUGAGAGUGAUAGACAGAAAGUACUCAUGCAGAUAACUCAGGAACUAUGUAAGAGGCCUGGUUUGAAUAAAGCUGGUUUUGACAUGCCGACCAUUUAUGUUCCAAACCUCAUGGACAAGCCAUCUCGAUGUGCAAACCAGAUCGAAGAAGUGUGCAAAGAGCUAGAAAAGACUAUAAACCACACGAUCCAGAACACACUCAACACGCUAGAGAAAGAUUGUCACAAAAUAUCAGAACUUGUGGACGAAAACCUAGCAAAGGAUGCGGAAGCGCGUUCUUAUAAUCUUAAGGCAAGAUUUAAGGGCUUUGUGUUUGCAUUCCUUGGGAUGUUGCUUCCGUUUGUCUUGCUUGUUCACUUCGUGGCAAGUAGCUCGCGAGGUACACUGGAAAAUCUCCUUGGAAGCGAUUUCGCCGGAAAGCUUCAAACUUAUACUGCUCCUGUAGAAGAAAUGUGGAGAUCCAUACCAAUAGAAUACCGCUACCACACUCUUAUUGGAAUUCUUGUCUUCUCGUUUCUUCUUCUUUUAAUUGGAAAGUUUUCAUCGAAGGUGAAGCCCACUUUUUCAAGAAAACAGAAAAGACUACUGAUGGAAAAGCAAUCUUAUGUACAAGGCUAUGUCAAGGGGAAAAAGGAGAAGUUAUACAAAGAAUAUCUUCAGCAAAGCGUUGGAUCCCAUGAUUUAUGAGCAGGCUCUAAAAUCAUUAAGAUGGCCACAUUUAUAUGCUUGAAAUAGCCAUAUGAUUAAUAUAAACUCAAUAAAACAGCUAUACGAUGAACACAAAAAAAUGAACAUAACCGCAGUCUAUCUUACCAUUGAUAGGAUCAGUUUGAUACUCAAUGGUAAAAUAAGAAAUUAUAGUCCGAUCACGUGUCACACCAACCUCCCAUAUUAUAUCCUAGUGUGGAACCCAUUUCGGUAUAAUCGGAUUUAUAAUCGAUUAAUUUGUAAAAUUUUUUACCCAGCAAAGAAUAGCUAUAAUAUUAAUAUGACUCAUACUUCAGAGCAAGGCAAAAUGACGUUUUAUAUAAUAAAUAUUGUACUAUUUAACCUAUA